UGACUGGUCGGAGCCUGUGUCAGUCAGGGGGAGGGGUGCACCGCUAAUUUCUAUAUCCCCGAAUGUCAAUUUAAGAGUCAGAUAGCGUUCUCGUGCGUGGCUGUCAGCAGCGGCAGUCCUCAGCCUCGGUGUGGGAUUUCUGCAUGAACGGAUGAGACGCUCGAGACGUGCGUCUACCUCCUUACGUUGAAACCUUUUUUUUGCCUUUGGAUAUUGCUGCCACUUGCAACGCAUCCGCACACUUCAGUCUCGUGGUAUUGCCGUUGAAGCGAGCUGCUGUGUAAUAAAGAGAGCACGCCUGAGGGAAGACUCAUCACAAAACUUCCAAUUAGACUUUGCAACUUUGGAGUCUAGUAGUAGGCCAUAGCAUCGCGGUGAGUUCAUGUGGUUUAUCAUCUGACAGAAGCGGGCCAUUUCUCUGGGAAACUUACAGACGGUUUUUGAAACAUGUUCAGCAAGUGCUCCCUUGUGUUAUUGAAUGUCCUUUUUCUGGUGCGGACGCUCUCGGCUCAUGAGUGCACGCCGUGUAAUCUCCGGACUUGUCCCGUCAAAGCCCCGCACGGCUGCGAGGGUGGCCGGACCUUGGCCAGAGAUCCGUGCGGAUGCUGUGACCAGUGUACUCGGCUGGAGUGGGAGCCCUGCGGCGGACAGGACUGGGCGCACGGCUACUGCGCCCUGGGGCUGACCUGCGCCUCUUUCAAUACAACAGGCGCUGCCACAGUCCCUGAAAUCGGAGUAUGUAAAGUGCUCCCUGACCAUGCCGAGGCAGGCCUGGAGGACGAGCGCUGUCCCCUGAUGACAGGCUGCGAAAGAGCUGGAGGUCAGUGUGUGUGUGAUGCCCGUCACUCCUGCUUGGGCUCUUUCACCUACCCAGACCAAGAAACCUGCAUGAAGGCCAGCAAGUCAGAGGGUCGUAGGCACGAGCACCGGGAAAGACACAGAGAGAAGUAUGUGGGACCAUCAAACCCGGCCUGCAUGUUCUCUGGCUGUAACCUGACCGCUGAGGGAUGUGUGUGCGAGUCUCAGAGCUGCCACCACCACUUUGCCUACAUCAACCGCAGCCAGUGCCAGGAAGCCGCAGAGGAGCUGAGGUGUGCCGGGGUGACGUGUCCCGCUCUACAGGUGCCCUCCUGCCCCAAGGGUUCAGUCCUGACCAAGAGUUACACGCCCCCUGCUGGUUGCUGUCCCUCCAUACCGCCUCAGUGCACUUGCGACCUCCGUGCAUGCCACAAACCCCAGUGCCCGAAUGGACAGCGUGCCGUGCCACUUAGCCAGGCCAGCGGUCAUCCAGGAGACUGCUGUGAUGUCUUUGAAUGCCAAAAAGUCUCUCCCAAGUGUGUCCACAAUGGGAAGGAGUUUUCCGAAGGAGAGGUGUACCGCAUGGACCCCUGCUGGCUGUGUCAGUGCCGGGGAGGAAUCUCCUUCUGUUCCAAGGCAGAGUGCGCCGAGCUGGACUGUGAAAACUUCUACAUUCCUGAGGGAGAGUGUUGCCCUGUCUGUAUAGAUGUGGAGUUACUGUCAAUGGACAGCACAAAGGCCAGUUGCUGGGUGAAUAAUAAGCUGCGAGCCCAUGAGGAGCAGUGGAAAGAAGACGACUGCACCUUCUGCCAGUGUGUGGAUGGAGAACCACACUGCACGGCCAUGGCCUGCAAACAGAGCUGCCAAAACCCUGUCAAGAUCCCCGGAGAGUGCUGUCCCUUCUGUGAAGAACCAUCUUAUGAAACAGUUAGCCCCAUGCUAUGUCCUCCCCUGGACAACUGUUCCCUGUCAGGGAAUGACUGCCUCUAUGGCUUCCAGCAAGGCCCAAAUGGUUGUCUGCUCUGCCAGUGUCUCAAUAAUGACUCCUGUCCUGACUUGGGAAAAUACUGCUCCCUGCAAUGCCCGAUGGGAUACGAGAGGGAUGAUUUUGGCUGUGAAGUGUGUGAGUGCAGCAUCCCCAUGACCAAGUGCCGACCUUUAACCUGCACUAAGACCUGCCCCUAUGGAUAUGUGAGGAAUAAGCAUGGCUGCGAGAUGUGUCGCUGUGUCAAGUGUCCUCCCUUCACCUGUGACAAGCACUGCAGUGACGGCUAUCGACAGAACAGGAAGGGCUGCUCCAUCUGCAUGUGUAAAGAAAGUGGCCAUGUCCCAAGCACCACUGCCCCGGCCCCGAUGCCCAGCUACUGCCUCACCUCCAACGGGCGCCAAUACGAGGAAGGUGACGGCUGGCACGACGGCUGUCGUGACUGCUACUGCCACUCGGGACGGGAGAUGUGUGUGCUCAUAUCUUGCCCCGUGCCCAGCUGUUCUCAUCCAGUUGUGAGGCCUGACCACUGUUGCCCUACGUGUGAAGAUGAGUCUGGCAGCGGUCAGCUAGAGGGGAUGGACAUGGUGGUGUGCAGAGCACCCGGGGGGGAAUUUUACGUGGAGGGGGAGACCUGGAACUUGGACGAGUGCACACGCUGCACCUGCAGGAAGGGACGUGUCCUGUGCGACACAGAAGUGUGUCCCCCAGCACUCUGCCAGGCACCAAUCAGGAAUAAGGACACCUGUUGCCACGUAUGCACAGAUGAGCCGCUGAGCUCCUUGCUGCCAGUGAAUAGCAGCCAGCAGGAGUACUGCAUAACCAGGGUUGGAGACGUGCUGCUGGCUGGAGACUCUUGGAAGGCCAACGCCUGCACCAGCUGCACCUGCAACAACGGCACCAUUCAGUGUUUCUCUCAGCGCUGUCCGGCUGCCAACUGCAGGGUGCCCGUCUUACGCAAGGGCCAGUGCUGCCCACACUGUCUCGAGAUUACAACGUCAGUGCCGGUGAUGGUGUCUACCAACGCCCCCAAGACAACAGGCACUAUUACAGUGAAGAGUGCAGUAUGGAUCACCACUGUCACUGUACCACCAAUCAUUGCUGAUACAGAUGAGCCAGGUUUGAGCGAGAAUUACCCUAGCCAAACAGAGAUGGCCCUCAUCUACCAAUCGGCAGCCUGGAUCCUGGCAGGUCUCCUCCUGGCCAUCAUCAUCUUCCUCAUUGUGGCGUUACUCAUCAACAAGAAAAAGAAGUGGGUGCAGAUGUCCUGCUACAGCGCACCAAAGAAGACGGUGAUCCUAAAGAAGCAUGUAAACAAGAACUCCGUGGUCUACAUGGAGCCCUCCAAGGAGAACAAAUUUCAGAACGUGAAGAAUGAUUGCGGCAUCAUCAAUUUCUCUCCAGAAAUGAGCUCCCCCUGUGUGGAAAAGAUGACCAUCCCCAGGGCCAAGCUGAGCAUGGGCAACGACUGGACGCCGCGCUAAAACACCCGCUACAAAACCCUGCAGAUCAGAGCUGUCCGGCACCUCCCAUUCUUUCUUACUGCUGUAUCCAAGGUGAUAAGUGCAACAGUGUGCACACACACCCUGGGCGCUGCCUUGCUCCAACAAAUCUCUCUGUGUAACCACAAAACUGAGGAUGGUCUACAAGAGACAAUGCAAGCGACCUCUUGUUUCUUUUAUUAUGUGUCCAUAUUCUUCUGUGUUUGGAUUUUUGGGUGGAGUGAGACGCUGGGAGGUGGAUGGACUGGGUGGAUAUAUAAAGGACAUAGCCAUUCUGGGCUCUGCUUUAAAACGGAGAAGGAGGCAGCCAGAGAGGCUCCUCUGUCAGAAUCAGACUUUGACUGUGAACAAUGUAAUAUUAUUGCUUAUUAUUGCCUCUUUUUGAAACUGGAACUUUGCGGCAAUAAGAGGAGCAUAAAAAGCUUUAGGACAGGGGUUUGGGCUGUAGUUUAAAGGGUUCAGCAGUGCUUCAUGGAUGUAAUCAUUUUCAUCAGCAGUGAGGCUAAAGGAACUGAUAAUCCAGUUGGAUCAAAUUGGGUUCAGCAGCCAAAUCAUAACAAGUCAACAGGCUUUAUACAGACCCCCAGAUCCUAACCCUGCUUUAGAAUGUGUGGUUUCCAUCUUAGUUUUUGUAUAUUUCUACAGUAUUUGUACAUGUUGUAGUGUUGUUCUUGGCCACCUCUCGUUUUUAUUAUGGGUGUCUCCGUGGGGCCAGAUUGAAAACAUUUUGAAAAUGCCAGUUUAAACAUUCCCCCGAUCAAGUUGAGGAAGGACACGCUUCCCAAAUAAUAGCCUUGUUUUUACCUUCAAAUGACCCGAGCCAUUCCAUUCAGAAAACUCCAACAGCAAACCACCAAUUGAAAUAUGUGAACCCCCCCUCCCCUGGAACUUGUCCACAAUACAGUAGCCAAUAGUUUUCUUCUUUCUACUCAGCCUCGUCCGACCUCGGCUCUUCCAGAAGGAUUCGGCCAAUCAGUCGUACUUCAUCAUCUCAAAAAACGCAGAUUUGAAGGGGAGUGAUGUUAAUCCAGGAAAAUUGUCAUUUUACUGACUGCAGAGGAGACAAAAUGGUGCCAGACGCUUCAUCUAGACUUAUGAGGAAUGUCUUUGAUACCAUGCCUCACUUCAUAACCUCAUUCACAGCUCUGUGUGUGUGUGUGUGUGUGUGUGUGUGUAGCUACUGUUCACACUGAGUGUUAGCAAUAGUUAGAAAUGGUUUAUUUUAAAGCCAUAAUUCUAUAGCCUUAAUGCAUUUUCUUUGUCGUUACCUUGUUUUCAUUUAAUAACUGUUAGCCCAUAUCAAGGAAUAUAAAAACGGCGAUAUAUUCACCCAAUGUUAAGAUGAACAGACUGUGUUGUACAGCGUCACUUAUGGUUCUCAUCAACUCUUCAUAUACAAGUGAAUUAUGUGAUGUGGAGACGUUAAGAGUGUAAGGGAGCUUGAGUAAGUAACUGUGCAUAGUGGCACACACCUCAACAUCAGAGCAUGCUGAAGAGACUUUGCACUUUUCUUUGGAGCCAGUGUUUUUUCAAAAGCUCACUGCAGGAUUCUUGGAGGGAUAAAGGCCCUAAUCAGGAAUUUGAUAGGCAUAUUAAGCACACAAGAGAUGUUAAAUCACUCAAGUGAACAUGCUGUUGCAGCUAGAGGCUUCAUACCCGUCUGAUCGGCACUGAGAAGGACAGAAUCUGAGAAGCAUUAUGAAACAAACCAGGAUUUCAUAGUAAAAUGGUUUUGGAUCGUAGAUCUCAACCCAUUGCCAAUUUCUCAAUACAAAGACCAUUCUGAUGCCAAAACUUGUUGGAGACCAAUUUAUAUUGAAGUGUUUUAGUAACUCAGUAGAUUUGUGUCUGUUUGAAUCAUGACCAUGUGCUUUAAAAUGAAGAGGCGAUUGUAAAAGCUUACGCAAUUCUUUGUUCUUCUAUGUGUACAAAAAAAAAUAGUUUAAAUUAGUAGGACAGAAGAGUACCUUAUUUAUUUUUUCACAUAGCUUUAUUUAUUAAUACUAUAGUGAGAUUUUUUUUUUUGAAAAAUGAACUUUUGGUAGCCAAAGCUGCUGUACAUUGUAGACUAUUUACCAUUUCUAUCUGCUAUAUUCUAUACAACCUUAUUUAUUUCACUGUUGCAAACCCUGUAAAUAUGUUUCCUAGAUGAUGAACUGUAACAUUUACACUUAUUUUGAAAAAUAAAUGUGUGAACCAAAGUA